AUGAUAGGCACACGAACCCUACGAGAGCAUUCUUUAACUUACGCGACCCGGGUUCGAUCCCCGCCAGCACCAAUUAAAUUGUUAAUAGCAAUUUUAAGUGCUUAUUACCACGUGCUUGGUGGUGAAGGAAAACAUCGUAAGGAAACCUGCAUGUCUGAGAAAAUUUCGAAGGCAUGUGAAGUUCGCCAACACACAUUGAGGGAGCGCGGCGGACAUUUCCUUGCUCUAAAACCCUCUCAGAAAUGA